CCGCGGUAAGACACUAAAAGCGAAAAAGUUUCGCGAAAGCUUUUUAGUAACCGGCUUCUAGGACAGUUCAAACACAUAGUCUAAGUCUAGUUCCCAUUACUGAUCGUGUAGAUACCUAAAUAAAUAUAGAAACAAAUCUCGGAGUUAGAUGGAAUACCUGCUUGAGAGCGUAGAUGAGUGUGCAUUUGUGUUUCUGCGAUCGUAGUAGUGAUAUUGAAAGUUAAAUUCUCGAAGCAAUAUUUUCCUUCGUCCUCUACCGUGAUCUCAGCGACAAAAGAGAGAGGAAUCGUAUUAAAAUUGAAAUAAAUGAUGACUGCGGUUCAGUGCUAACAACUCCACAAUAAAAACAGAUCAAGGAUUUUGUACUACAGUUACCAAGUUAGUUGUGGGCAAACUUAAUUCGCGUGAGUGAACAACUAAAAACAAGUCAUCUACACGGAUAAGUAUUUUAAAGAUAACCGAUACAUUACAGCGGCAGUACAUGCGACGAAGCCCUGAACAAUGAGAUUGGUACGCGUUAAUAAUAUUGUGAUAGUGAUUCUUGUGUUGUCAAUAGUGCAUCAUGCGCAGUGCCGUAAUAACGACUUGAUUGAAAGUAAAAGUGAGAAACGACGCAAUACAGGCAGACUAAGAGCAAGAAAAUCUAGCGCAAGGAUUGUCGAGAAAACCAUCAAACAAGCCGAACAUUGCUGUUGGCCAUGGAGGAGAUUCCAUCGCGUGUGUCCAUAUGUGUAUAACCUUACCGAUGCAAAUAAUAAUACCCUAUCUGUAAUGAAAAGUGUGGCUCAAAUUGAUAUAGACGAGGUAAAAUCAAAGAAAAUCCGUACGAUUAAAAAAGGAAAAACACUCCUAAUCUGCCCACAAGAGAAACAGGUUCCAUUUCAACUAAUACCAACACUGUGUAGGCGAACCCGAGAUUGUAAAAAGACUGGCAAUAAUUCGAGAUGCUGUAACUUAUUCGGGAGUAAACGAUGUGUACCAGGCGUACUGAUGCCCAUUCAAGAACCAGUACAUGACCCUAUAUUUGGAAUACCAAGACGCUGUCCUGAGCAGCCAUUAACAGAAACAUUUUGGGAUAUUAAAACGUGUCAAACAGACAACGAUUGCUGGCCUCGUGUAUGCUGUCCCGAUGGCGAAAAAAAGUAUUGCCGAACAUCACAGCCUAUAUUUGAGAAGUCCGAGAAUCCUGCCAAACGAAAUAAUUCCAACUUUUUUACAGCAGUUGGAGCUGUAUCACAAUACUUGCAAUGUACUCCUCCUCCACCUGUGAUAUUUGACAUUCAUCCUAAGCCUUGUAACAGUACUUUGGAUUGUUUUCCUAACCUCUGUUGUCAAGAAUCUGGCAAACGGCACUGCAGACCUCCCAAACGGUCACUCUUAGCCUUCGUAACAGAACUAACGUCGCGUUUCAAUGUCGGUGCCUUGAAAGAUAUUGCUGAUAACUUAGUAAUAAGAAAAUAAUGAUUUCAAUGUGAAAUAAAGGAAAG